GAAAAUUGAAGCAAUAUUCAAUGGUGUGAAAGCGUUUCAUAUUUGGUAAAAUGUUUUCAUCCGAUAAUCAGGAAAAAUCAUCAUUUAAGAGUAAUAAUUUAACUUUUUCAGCUUUAAACCAGAAUAUUAAAAAUGAAAUCUUUCAUUGCUAUUGUACUCAGCAUUUGUUUCGUUAAGUCUUCUGGUACCUCUUCUGAUGCAUUAGAAUCGUUGCCAGAUGAGCUUAUCGAGCUCUUCAAUUCUAAUGGUACAACAUGGAAGGCUGGAAAGAAUUUCGAUGGAUUGAGUUUAUCGCAAGUGAAAAAGCUUUUUAUGAGCUCAGAAGAAACAUUGACCACAAACGUUGAACAAAUAUGGCAUUCAGAUAGUGAUUCGCACAAGGAAUUUGAUGCUCGUACUGAAUGGCCGCAUUGUCCAUCAAUUGGUCAAAUUUUUAAUCAAGGAUUCUGUUCACCUUCAUGGAUUUACGCAUCUGUUGGUCAAAUGGCUGAUCGUAUCUGCAUUAAAACAGGUCAAAAUAUUGAUGUUAAAGCAACAGUUGAACACAUGAUGAAUGGCAAUUACGACUGCAAUAGCAACUUCAAUACAGCUGAUGGUGCUAAAGCUUUCCGAUAUUGGAGCACAAAGGGAAUCUUCAUUGAAAAACCAGAAAAAUCUUCAAACCAAUGUCGUUGUCAAAUAAAGAUGAACGAUGAAUAUUUCGGUGUUAGUAAUUAUAGAUUAUCUCAACAGCUGGACAUAAUAAAGGAGAUACUAAGCCGAGGACCAAUUACUUUUCACAUCGAAGUCUAUUUAGAUCUACUUUAUUAUAAAUCAGGUGUUUACCAAAGAACCAGCGAUGUAAAAUUAGGAUCUCAUCUCGUUAAAGUCAUUGGUUGGGGUGUUGAGAAUGGUGUCGACUAUUGGCUUAUAGCUAACUCUUGGGGCACCAAAUGGGGUGAUAACGGUUUUUUCAAGCUUAAACGAGGCGUUGGUGCACUUAGAGUAGGAGAAAAUAAUUAUUCUGCUUUAAUAGAGAAAAAUACAAAAGUUCCUUCCACAAUGGAUAAAGAGCAACUUUUCCUAGUCGCUCACAAGUGUAGCUGUGGUUGUGAUAAAUCUUGGUAGACAGUCUGAUUAAUAGAUGAAAUGUUCAUCAAAUACGUUGAAAAAUUUGUAUUUGCAAGAAUCUUAAACACCAUUAUUGUUUUACUUGAUCUUUGAACAGUAAAAUUCAGAUGUAAAAACAA